CGAGCUCCUGCCCAAUCUUGAAUAUUAUAGGAGUUUGAGCUAAACUCUACUCGACUCAUUUACUUACUGUAUUAUUGUUCAUCUAAGAAUGUGCAAAUAAUAAAACGACGUCGUCACAGAAAAUUGCCCGAACGAAAAUUGACAGCUUCAUCUUUACCAGUUUCUGGACGAACAUUUAUCAAUUUCAUCACUCGAAGAUCUACGCAGUAAAAGGAGAAAAAAAGAAAAAAGAAAGGAAAAAAUCGAAAAUGGCAGGAAGACUGACGCGCGUAGCAUCUCAGAUCAUGGGCGGUAACGCCGUCGUUUCACGAUCCGUCGCCUCCUCCCUUCGUCAGCGAGCCGGCAUGGGCCUCCCCGUCGGCAAACACAUCGUCCCUGACAAGCCACUUCCAGUGAAUGACGAACUUGUGUGGGAUAACGGAACCCCAUUCCCCGAACCUUGUAUUGAUCGGAUUGCUGAUACCGUUGGAACGUAUGAAGCAUUAGCAUGGCUGUGUGGAGGAUUGGGAUUUUUCGCCUCUCUUGGGAUGUUAGCUGUGUGGAAUGACAAGGCUUCAAAAAUACCAUUUACACCCAAGGUUUACCCUUACGACAACUUAAGAGUGGAGCUUGGUGGAGAACCCUAAGUUUGGAUAUUGAUUAUCCUCUCUCAUGUUGUUGCAAACAUUUCUCUUGUUUGAUGGUUUUGAGGUUGUGAACAGUGCGCAUCCAAAUGUUUUCGUAACUGAUACUUGAAUAAGUUAAACUCAGUCAAGUUGAUUUUUGUUUUUUUCUGGUGUACUUAAAUGUUUGUUUCAAGUAACUUUGGAAAGCACAGAGAUUUCUUUUAAUGUUCGGUUCCUGUUGUUUUGAGAAAAUUACACUUCUACCAAUUGAAUUUUAUUUUAUUAUUUUUAUAUUUACA